AUGGCUUGGGGUGGAACAAAUAUGCAGCUCACAUCUGGUUCAAAUGCUGCAGUUGAGCGGAAUGGUAAUCGUAACAAGAGAUGGUAUUUUAUGAUCGCGAGCUUAUGCUGCGUCGGCUUAAUCGGUUUAUUAACUGCUAGUACAAUUGUUUUGGCUCUAAUACCAAUCUAUUUAAAUAAACAUGGUGGUAGUACUGGUUCAAAAACUUCUUCCACUGUUAUUGUCUACAGUGCACAAGCAACCGCCGAUACACUAUUUACCGGUGAACUUCCAGCUUCAAACAAUAAAAAUGUUACAAGACAGGUAAUGAGCGGAAAGACAGAUUCUGUAUAG